UGUCGAAGGAGCUAUGACUGUAGGCUACCAAUGAUUGUUUCUUCACAAUCUGAGCUAAGGCAACUGAUGUGAAAAUGGCUGAUAAACAGCAAACUGUCCUGAAGAGUGGGAAGAUUGCGGCUGGCGCAGUGGUCUGUGUAGAAAGUGAGAUUAGAGGAGAUGUCACCAUAGGUGCUCGGACAGUGGUCCACCCCAAAGCCCGCAUCAUUGCCGAAGCAGGACCUAUAAUAAUAGGCGAAGGGAACCUGAUAGAGGAGCAAGCUCUCAUCAUCAACAGUUAUCCAGAGAAUAUCAUGCCCGAGUCCGAGGAUGUGGAACCCAAAACCAUGUCAAUUGGCAUCAACAAUGUCUUUGAAGUCGGAUGUGUUUCUCAGGCUUUGAAGAUUGGGGAUAAUAAUGUCAUUGAAUCAAAAGCUGAUGUGGGUAGGAAUGUGAUCCUGACGAGUGGCUGCAUCAUUGGAGCAUGCUGCCAGGUGAACACGUGUGAGGUCAUCCCAGAGAACACGGUCAUCUACGGCUCCGACUGCAUGCGCCGGGUCCAGACAGAGAAACCACAGCCACAGACUCUCCAGCUUGAUUUCCUCAUGAAGAUUCUUCCAAAUUAUCAUCAUCUAAAAAAGACAGUAAAAUCCUCUGGCAAGAAUUAACCGAGGAGACAUGAUUGAUGGAAGUGCAAGUGUUGUAUUCCCCAUCAGGAGAAGAAAUGGACGAACUGGGCCUUCAGCUGGACUGACACUCCACGAUGUUUAUGGGCCCUAAAUUGAAUGAUGGGCAACGCUUUAAGGAACACUAAAGCUAAUUUAAUUGGCAAAAUUAAACUUAAUAGGCAACAUUCACUAAUUUAAUACCCUGAGUAAGACCUUAAGCGCACACACUAAUGAGUCACCUCAGUGCUGCCAUACAACACAAUGGUUACAGCUCAUGCACAAAAACUUUCCUUGGUGACUGAUUUUGCCAUUUGCCCGUCUGUUAAAUUAGGGCCCGAUGUGCUCCAGAACUCAUGAAAUAGGGCUACACUGACAUCACUCAUCACUCCAGCUAUGCUUUGGGUUCUGGGCUGAUCUGUUCUUGAAGUAGACUGAUCCACAUCCACCACUAAAGCAGUGACAUCAGUCAUUGUAAAGGUAGCUUACUUAAGCAAUAAGCCCUGAGAGGCCGUAGUUAACACUGAUUUUAGAACAGCUAAAGGAGGUUUUAGGGACUGUGUGUGUCAUGCCUAAAACCCCCCUUAGCUGUUCUAAAAUCAGUGUAAACUACGGACUCGAGUGGCUUAUUGCUUUUCUAAAGUGUUUACUACAAUUAUCUGGCAAGAUUUCAUGUAAUAAUGGCACAGCAACGAGAAAUGUAACAAUGUAUUCAUAGGUAAUCAUUCUUCCGCCAAGAAAUAUAGUUCCUCUAUCCGAAUGGUUGCCAACAUUGAGACGUAGCUACUCUAACUUUUGUGUAGUUUUGGUAGCGCAUUACUGUAGAAUGAAAUGCGGUCAAGGUGUAUGUUUGUGUUGAAUUUUACAAUGGCGUUGAACGCAAUUCAGCCAAUCAUAAUCAAGGUCCGGGCCUAUCCGUUUUAGAAUAAACAAUUUUCGGUAGGCAACUAUUGUUUCCAGCCUCAUAGACAUUCCACACUCCUAUUUGUAUUGCUUUGUACAGUUUUGUUGUCAUUAAAUUAAGGUCUGUGUAACACCUGUU